AUGGCGGAGAGGAGGAUGGAGAGAGUCAAACAACCACCCAAACGAGUUUUCAUCAACAACAUAGACUCGUAUGCAUCUAAAUAUAUUGCUAAGUUCUUGUCUGAGUGUGUGGUUGGAGCAGCCGUGGUUUCUGAUGGGGAGACGGAGAUAGAGGAAAUAGCAGAAGACAGUAAAGCACAAGCCUUUCAGAUUAUUGGGACUGUUAACAACAAACCUGAGGAGGAAACACCAUAUGUCCUGGAGGAGUAUCAUCAACUGGAAAGGGAAGAGCUUCUCCACCAGCUGAUGGACUGUGACAUCAUCAUCUACAACAUUACCCAGCAUGCUGAUCAGGUGGAUGAGGCCUCUUGGGUCAUCUCAGCCCUCCAUAACAGCAUGGACAGUUUUUGUGGACCAAAAAUGUUUAUCCUCAUAUCCACCAUGAUGACCUGGGCAUGCAGCAAGCCAAGUGACCCUGAAGUUCCAGAGAAUCCUUUCACUGAUGAAGACUUCUGGAGAAGAAGAACACAUCCUAACUUCAAAAAACACCUCAGCCUUGAAAAGAUGGUGGCUGAAAUGGGGAAAACUAACAAGACAUUGCUCUCAACGUAUGUGGUGGCAUCGGGACUUCAGUACGGAAUGGGAGAGCAAGUCUUCCACUUCUUUUUCAAGAUGUCAUGGCUUGGACAAGAACUUGCAAUACCUGUCUUUGGAGAGGGCAACAAUGUCGUCCCCACCAUUCACAUCAAUGACCUGGCCAGUGCUAUUCAGAAUAUCAUUGAAUGUAAGCCCAAGCCUUACUACCUGCUGGCUGUGGACAGUUCCAGCAACACCAUGAUGGACAUUGUGAAGGCAGUUGCUUCCGUAUUUGGACCAGGGAAAAUCCAGCAAAAGCCAUUUGAAGAAGCAUUCCUCACACAGGAGCUGAGUCAAAUAGAAAUUGAUUCCAUAUUGGUCAAUCUGCAUAUGGAGUCUGUCCAUCUCAAAGAGCUAUUCACCUUCCCCUGGGUUUGUGAGGCAGGUCUGGUGGAGAACAUAGAGCUGGUGGUGGACGAGUACCGGCAGACCAGAGGGCUGCUGCCCAUCCGUCUGUGUGUCCUCGGUCCUCCUGCAGUGGGGAAGAGCACAGUGGCUGAGCAGAUCUGUAAACACUAUAAACUCCAUCACAUCAGACUACAGGACACGAUCUCUGAAACCAUCGCCCAACUGGAAGCUGAUGUGAAGAUGGAUGAUCCAGAUACAGAGAAUGUGGACUCUGCAGAAUCAAAGGAGUUCCUGGACACCCUAAAGGCUAGUAUGGAGCAGAAUGGAGGGCAUUUGGAGGACCAUCUUGUGAUUCAGGUGAUGAAGGAAAAGCUCAAGUCUAAACCAUGCAGAAACCAGGGUUUUGUUCUGGAUGCCUUCCCUGAGACCUAUGAGCAAGCUAAGGAGCUCUUCUAUGCUGAAGAGGAUGAAACAGAGGACACAAGAUCCAAGAUUCCCCCAUACAACAAGGAAAUAACCCCAGAAUUUGUAUUCUGUCUGGAUGCCUCAGAUGCUUUCCUGAAAGAUCGGGUGCUCAACCUGCCAGAGAGGCUGGUAGAGAACAGCUCUUACCGCCAGGAGCACUUCCUUCAGCGACUGGCCAGCUACAGAGAGAACAACGUGGAGGAUGAAACCAUUCUCAACUACUUUGAUGAGCUGGACAUCAUGCCUCAGCACAUGGAGAUCAGCAACAGUGAUGACCCUGAGUACCUGUUGCUGAUGCAGAAGAUCAGUCGUGUUGUCGGCCGGCCCAGAAACUAUGGCCCCAGCAGCCAGGAGGUGACGGAGGAGGAGAGGAGGAGGGCUGAUGAGAAGAUCAAGCGUCAGGUCCAAGAAAGGGCCGAGGAGGAGCAGAGGGAGGAGGAGGAGGCCAGGCUGAGGGCUGAGCGCUGGGAGGAGUGGAGUAAACAUUUGGAGGAGGUGAGGCAGCAGGAGAAUGACCUCUUGGAAGCCCAGUCACUCCCUAUGAGGAGAUAUCUGAUGGACAAUAUCAUGCCCACCCUCACCCAAGGCCUUAUCGAAUGCUGCAAAGCCCAGCCACAGGACCCGGUGGACUUCCUGGCUGAGUACCUGUUUAAGAACAACCCCCUGACCAGCAAGUAAAACUGAAGUCCAAAAAAAGAGAAAGAAUUAUACUUUUCCUAUGCAGGUAGAUUUCAUUUCUUGUUGGUUGCACAUGCAAAUUCUGUACAUUAUUAUAUAGUAAAUAUGAUUCCACUA